AGUUUAAUCAAUGCUUUUAUAUUGAGUGCUUGUAAAAUUGUGUUUUAGUAAUAAAUAGAAUGGAUUCGUUUGAAGGCGAGCUCAGAGCAGGGGUGCGACUCAUUGUUUUAAAUCUACCGGAGGACGAGGGCGAAGGCCUCGGCUUCCGUUUAACAAGAACGCUAUGGGAUCCUUAUCCUUGGGUUCAUGACGUGACAACCGGAUCUAGAGCUGAUUCGGCCGGAUUGACAACUGGGGAUUGUCUCUUGCAAGCCGAUGGGAAAGAUUUGUUGGGGUUGCCAGUUGGACAAGUGGCGGGUUUAAUACGGGGUAAUGGUGCGAGUCACGGUGUGUCUCUGCUUGUGUGGAACUGUGGUGUUGACCCUAAAGACGAUCCGGAGUUAUUAUGGAGUGCUGGUGGCGGAUCCCGUGGUGAGAAGUCUCGCCGUGCUCUCUCUGGAGUGGUUAAAGCGCUCUCGUGUUGCGUGUGCGCAGCUACAGCUGUGAACGCGCUCAAUUGCGCCCGGUCACAUUUGUAUUGCGAGGCUUGUUGGACACGCUUAGAAAGGUGUGCGUUAUGUCGGGAACCUUUGCCGCCAAAAGAGUCGCCAUAUGCCAAGAAUCUAGUUGCGGAACAGGUGUUUGAAGCAAUAGCUACUGAAUACGAAAUAAAAGACCCAGCAAAGAAGACUCAGAAAACUUUAUCAGCUUAUAAUACUCCAAAUAGAUCACCCAACGUCUCUCCAUCACCUAGACGAAAAGGACAAUAUCAAUUAUCGAUGAUGAAUCGAAAUAGAUUACAAUCCAAUGAAAAAUAUUCUUCAGAUCCGAAUAUACGACGCUCAUUACUUAUAGACUGCCAUAAAGCCAACACAAAACAAAAUUUCGUAGAAAGUUCUAAUACUGGCAAUCAUAGCUGUCACUGUCACACACAAAGCGGAAGUGUUGAAAACGUCAGUUGCCAAAAUAGGCGGGAAACGAAUUGCACUGAUUUGAAUUGUAAAUGUGCUGCAACAAAAAAUGUUCCAAAAAUAAACAACGAUGAUACAGAUUGUUGCAACGGAAAUGCUACUUGCAAUAAUAUAUCAAUACAACACAAACUAGUUGCUAGAUUAAGGCAAGCGUGUUCUUUGGCCGAUUUACAAAAUUUCGCAGUUCAGAGUUGCCAUUUAUCUAAAUCUCUAAGUAAUAUUAAUUCAAACGAACAAAGUGACUGUAACGGACAACAAAGUACCUCAAUGGAUAAUUUAAAGACAAAUAAUGCUUGUGAUACGCCAGUUUAUUUACUUUCACCACCUCCAAUUUAUGUCUUAGCCUGUGAUCAUCAAUAGAAAUUCAUAAAUUAUGUAAAACUAAUAUAGUAUUAUAUUAUCUGUGGUAAAACUAAUAAAUUUGUAACUAAAUAAUGUGAGGGAUGUCUAUGCGGCUUAUAUUUAAAUAAUACUGUUAAUAAUUGUAAAAAUCGAAUGUGACAAAAUGCAUAUUACACUUUUUUUACUUCAUAACAUUAAUAAUUGAUAAAUUUAGAAAGAGUCGAAAUAAUUCAAUCACUAGACAUAAUUCAAAUCCACGUCAUUCGCAGAACCGUGGCUACGUUUCUUCACGAGUAGCAGGUGGACCCGUGAUGCCGCCUCAUUAAUCGAUUUUCUUUUACUUUUUCAGUUUCAUGUGCCUAAGGGACAUGCGGCGCCAUCUAUUGUUAUUUAAGCAUUAUUUAAAUGACGACAAUAUUGUAUCGGUGGAACGCGGCCUUUGUUGAAUCUAACUUUAAGAUUUAUUGCAUUCAAAUGUUUUGUAUGUGAGAGAAUUGGAAAAAAAAUAUAUGUAAUCUGAAUCGAUUUUUAUUGUUCUUUCAAUAUUUCUCAUUUAUGUUGCAUUUGAAAGCUAUAAAUUUCAAAAAAUAAACGUUAGUAAUUACUGAUAUUAGA